AAUUAAUAAGAAAAAUAUUAGUUCAGAUGGUAAAUAAUGUAUUGUAAUUCUUAUUUAAAUGUCAGGGGUUCAAUUCACAACAUCAACAUAUUUUUUCCACGUGGCACACAAACUUUGACAAACACACCUUUUAAUAUAUUUAUAUACAUAUUUAUGCUACUGCUUCCUUUUUUUUUUUUUAGAUGUAACAUUUUUUUUUUUUUUUUAAUUUGCUCACCAAAAAGGCACAAGUUGCAUUUAAAAGAAUAAAAGGAAAUAUUAGUUUUUUUUUAAUCAUAUAUCAAUUAGCUUCUCCAUUUUUAAUUCUUCAUUGUCAAUCUUUAGAACUACAUAAUAUCAUAUUCCUUUUUCUUAAAUAAAUAAACUAUGACAAAUUUUCAUAAAUUUGCUACACCAUACAGUAAUACACUAAUGUGAAUGCAACUAUAAUAUGUUAGUGGAGGGCGGCGCUCAACGUUUUUGGCUUGAACGUUGAAAUAAGACAAGGACUUAACAUAUUAUCAUAGUCGAGUCUUUCUUUUUGCCUCUUAGCUCUUAAGAGUCUUGAACAUAUUGUCUUACUGUAGCUUUUUCUUUGAACUCCAUUUGCUAUUUUCCACAUUCUAUAUCACACUUUACACGCUUAAGAAUAAUGCAAUAUUUCUUCAUGUAUUUGCAAGUCAAAAACCAUGAAUUUUCUCCCGUAUAUAGAGUAUGUGCACAAGUAUUCAUGUCAUUAUUUUUAUUCAAAUGAAGCACUUAUGUCAUUAUUGACAUUUUCUCAUCAAACUCAUCCUUAAAGAGAAAAAAAAAAUGGUUUCCUAUGUGUUUCUCCUACACUUUCCCUUCUGUAUAACCUUCAUUAUUGUGAUGUUCUUCGCCGUUUCAAUGUCAAACGGCGAAGAUACAAACUAUGCAGCAUGUUCUAUUCCAUACUUAUGUGGGAAUAUCAAAGUAGGGUAUCCGUUUUGGUCAGACAAUAGGCCUAAAUUCUGUGGAGUUCCACAUUUGAAGCUCAAAUGUAAGAACGAUAAUGGAAUUCACACUACUAUCAAUGUUUUUGAAAAUGGAUAUGCUAAUUUAGGUGUGCUUGCCAUAAACAUGCCUUCCAACACUAUAGUUGUUUCCCCUCAUGAACUUUUUGAUAAAUGUCAUCCAAAAGACUCGAAUAUAAGGUUGAGUUCUACAUUUAUGCCAGACGCGAGUUACACAAACAUAAGCUUAUACUAUGGUUGCAGUAAUGAUUGUGGCUCCAAAUCAUUGAACUGCACUAACAGCGACGGUACCAUUGGUUCUGCUUAUUAUUUUGAUAAACCAUCUGACAUGAAUCAUAAUUGUAACUGUAGUAAUAAUGUCACUUUCCCCAUGUAUAAGAGAGGGUUGGAUGAGCUUAGAAGCACAAAAAAUGGUUCGAUUUUAAGUAUCUUAACCAACAAUUGGGCAAUUAAAUUGAUAUAUAAGGCCAACAUCACAGCUUGUUCUGAGUGUCUGAAGUCUGGUGGCAGAUGCGGAUCGUCAGAGGAUCUAACUUCAGAUCAGUUCGUGUGUUACUGCAGUAAUGGAUCAAAACAAUUAGUAUGUCAUUCAUCAGUUUUUGCAGAGAAGUGGAUAAUAGGUUUGGGAGUAGGAGCUGGAGUUAUAAUUGUUCUUGUAGCAAUUAUAGCUAUCUGGAAGUGUAAGAAGCCAAAACAUGGUCACUCAAACUUCGUAACUCGGAGUAUUUCUCUUGACAGUAAUGCAUCAGACAUCGAAAAGGGAGGCAUAUACUUCGGAGUGCCACUCUUCUCCUACGGUGAACUCGUAGCAGCCACUGACAGUUUUGAUCAGUCCAAAGAACUCGGCAAUGGCGGCUUUGGAACAGUUUAUUAUGGGAAGUUAAAAGAUGGAAGAGAAGUAGCAGUAAAACGUCUGUAUGAAAAAAAUUACAGAAGAAUGGCACAGUUCAUGAACGAAAUUCAACUACUUACCCGUUUGAAACACCAAAACCUUGUAUCACUCUACGGCUGCACAUCACAGCAUAGCAGAGAAUUGCUGCUCGUGUACGAGUACGUGAAAAAUGGCACAGUAGCUGAUCACCUGUACGGUAAAAACACACAAUCAGCAGUAGUACUUCCAUGGAAUGUUCGUCUGAGAAUCGCAAUAGAAACAGCUACUGCACUCUCUUACCUUCAUGCUUCUGAUAUUAUCCAUCGCGAUAUCAAAACUAACAACAUUCUCCUAGACGGGAACUUCUGUGUGAAAGUUGCUGAUUUCGGGCUUUCGAGACUCUUCCCAAAUGAUGUAACUCAUGUAUCAACAGCUCCACAGGGGACUCCUGGGUAUGUAGACCCAGAGUACCACCAAUGUUAUCAGCUAACAGAAAAGAGUGAUGUAUAUAGUUUUGGCGUAGUUCUCAUCGAGCUCAUAUCUUCUUUGCCUGCAAUUGACAUGGACAGACAUAAACAUGAGAUCAAUUUAUCCAACUAUGCAAUUAAUAGGAUUGGAAGGUGUGCAUUUGAUGAGUUGGUGGAUCCACAACUUGGGUUCAUGUUGGAUUUUAAGGUACGAAGGAUGACUACAUUGGUGGGUGAGCUCGCAUUCCGGUGCCUGCAACAUGAUAAGGAAUUUAGGCCGUCAAUGGAUGAAAUUUUAGAGAUUCUGAAAAGGAUUGAAGGUGCUGAUUAUGAAGCAUUGGAGGCUGAAGAGAUGGUUAACAAUGGCGGCCGCGAAAAGGUGGUGGGAAUGCAUAGUAGCAUACCACCACCACAGCCUUCUCAUAUAGAGGAUGAUCAUGCACAACUGUUGAAUAAUAAACAGCUACAUCCACCUUCUCCAAUUUCUGUGAUAGAUAAGUGGAAUAGUAGAUCCACUACAUCAAGCAACAGCAAGUAGAGCAAAGUGCAAUUAAAAGGUUACUUUGAGUUUGUACUUGAGGCUCUAUGUGGAAAUACUUGAUGGAAUUGUGUAUUGCCAAUAAAGAAGGUUAGCUAAUUUUCUUAUAGCCUUACCUAAAGAAAAAGAAGAAAAGAAAGAAAAGGUAAAAUAUGUACGACGUUAUGUUGGUUUUUUAAUUUACGUUGUACCCUUCGGAGAUGAAAUUAUAGGCAAUACAUUUGGGGUUUUUCUUUUUUAAUAACAUAAGUUGAAGUUCCUUACAAGUAAGAGAGAAUUUGGAGAUUCCUUCUAUAAGGGGUGUUACUCGAUCCUCGACCCUUUGGGAUCGGAGAUGAUAUAAUCAUACAAAUACCACUAGACUAUCACCUACUAAAUAUACUUGUGGUUUUAAAAGUUAAGUUUUAGUAGGGAGUUGUUGUAUAGUAUUUGUUAUUAUGUGGAUCAAAUGUAAAGCAAGAAAUUCAAGGUGUCAAAUAACUUGUGUUUGUUUGAUAUUA